UCGGAAGAAUAUGGAUCUCUGACUAAAGUUUGUUUCUCGUAUUUAUUCCAAGGUGUUACUCCAAAUAAAUCAAAUGGUUAUAUGAGACCAGGACAAAGAAAAAAAACCAGUGCUUUUGCUGGAAAUUGUGAUAAAGAUGAGAUUUUUGGUGACGAUAAGAGGAGUUUCUAUGGUGAAAGCAAUCAGAGUUGUGUUGUUAUGUCUUUCUGUCUUGUGGGUCGUUCCAAAGGAAUGUGCUUGCAGAAGUAAUUUCUCAAGAAACUCGUCUUCAACUUCUUCUUUGCCGCCAUUACCACAGAGACCAAGCUCUGUGAAUGUUGGAGCUCUGUUUACUUAUGAUUCUUUUAUCGGAAGAGCAGCUAAACCAGCGUUUAAAGCGGCUAUGGAUGAUGUUAAUGCUGACCAAACUGUACUUAAGGGCAUCAAGCUCAAUAUCGUCUUUCAAGACUCAAAUUGCAGUGGAUUUAUAGGCACCAUGGGAGCUUUGCAGCUGAUGGAAAACAAAGUGGUUGCAGCCAUUGGUCCACAAUCUUCAGGGAUUGCUCACAUGAUCUCCUAUGUAUCUAAUGAGCUUCAUGUACCUCUCUUGUCAUUUGGAGCAACAGAUCCAACUCUCUCCUCUCUGCAAUAUCCUUAUUUCCUCCGCACCACGCAGAAUGAUUACUUCCAAAUGCAUGCAAUCGCAGAUUUUUUAUCCUAUUCCGGAUGGAGACAAGUCAUUGCGAUAUUCGUUGAUGAUGAGUGUGGUAGGAACGGGAUAUCUGUUCUAGGCGAUGUAUUAGCCAAGAAACGCUCGAGGAUCUCUUACAAGGCUGCAAUUACUCCUGGUGCAGAUUCUAGCUCCAUCAAGGACUUGUUGGUUUCUGUUAAUCUGAUGGAAUCUCGGGUUUUUGUUGUUCAUGUGAAUCCUGACUCUGGUUUAAACGUUUUCUCCAUGGCUAAAUCUCUUGGAAUGAUGGGAAGUGGUUAUGUUUGGAUCGCAACAGACUGGCUUCCUACAGCUAUGGAUUCUAUGGAGCACGUGGAUUCGGACACGAUGGAUCUCUUGCAAGGAGUGGUUGCUUUUCGCCAUUACACAAUAGAGAGUAGUGUCAAGAGACAGUUUAUGGCGAGAUGGAAGAAUCUUAGACCAAAUGAUGGCUUCAACUCUUAUGCGAUGUACGCUUAUGAUUCUGUCUGGUUAGUUGCUCGUGCCCUCGAUGUUUUCUUCAGAGAAAACAAUAAAAUAACUUUCUCCAACGAUCCAAAUCUACACAAAACAAAUGGUAGCACUAUUCAGCUAUCAGCACUAAGUGUUUUCAAUGAAGGGGAGAAGUUUAUGAAGAUCAUUCUUGGGAUGAAUCAUACUGGUGUGACGGGCCUAAUCCAGUUUGAUUCAGAUAGAAACCGGGUUAACCCGGCUUAUGAAGUUCUAAACUUAGAAGGUACAGGUCCACGCACAGUCGGGUACUGGUCAAAUCAUUCGGGUCUCUCUGUGGUCCAUCCAGAGACCUUGUACUCUAAGCCUCCAAACACAUCUACAGCAAACCAGCGUCUUCAUGGAAUCAUAUGGCCAGGCGAAGUAACUAAGCCUCCUCGUGGUUGGGUGUUUCCUAAUAAUGGAAAACCGCUCAGAAUCGGGGUGCCUAACCGAGUGAGCUAUACAGAUUACGUUUCUAAGGAUAAGAACCCGCCCGGCGUUAGAGGUUACUGCAUUGAUGUCUUUGAAGCCGCAAUAGAAUUGCUUCCAUAUCCCGUUCCACGUACUUAUAUACUAUAUGGAGACGGGAAGAGAAAUCCUUCUUACGAUAAUCUCGUCAACGAAGUGGUUGCAGAUAAUUUUGAUGUAGCUGUAGGAGAUAUCACAAUCGUUACAAACAGAACAAGAUAUGUAGAUUUCACACAACCGUUUAUAGAAUCAGGGCUUGUGGUGGUGGCUCCGGUUAAGGAGGCCAAGUCUAGUCCUUGGUCAUUCCUGAAACCAUUCACUAUAGAGAUGUGGGCUGUCACUGGAGCCUUCUUUCUUUUUGUGGGAGCCAUGGUCUGGAUUCUCGAACACCGCUUCAACCAAGAAUUCCGUGGCCCUCCUAGGCGUCAACUCAUUACCAUCUUCUGGUUUAGCUUCUCAACGAUGUUCUUCUCUCAUAGGGAGAACACGGUGAGUUCAUUGGGGAGGCUGGUGCUGAUCAUUUGGUUAUUCGUGGUUCUGAUCAUCAACUCGAGCUACACAGCUAGUCUCACUUCGAUCCUAACCGUUCGACAGCUGACAUCUCGGAUUGAAGGAAUAGAUAGCUUGGUAACGAGCAAUGAACCAAUUGGAGUUCAAGACGGUACAUUUGCUCGGAAUUAUCUAAUCAACGAGCUUAACAUACUUCCUUCGAGGAUUGUUCCACUGAAAGACGAAGAACAGUACCUUUCUGCUCUGCGUCGUGGACCCAAAGCUGGUGGUGUGGCAGCCAUUGUAGACGAGCUUCCUUACAUCGAAGUUCUUUUGACAAAUAGCAACUGCAAGUUCCGUACAGUAGGACAAGAAUUCACACGCACAGGCUGGGGUUUCGCAUUCCAAAGAGACUCCCCUUUAGCUGUAGACAUGUCAACGGCUAUCUUGCAACUAUCUGAAGAAGGCGAGCUCGAGAAAAUCCACAGGAAAUGGCUUAACUACAAGCAUGAAUGCUCAAUGCAGAUCUCAAACAGUGAGGACUCUCAGCUUUCACUAAAGAGUUUCUGGGGACUCUUCCUUAUCUGUGGCAUCAGUUGCUUCAUGGCACUCACUGUCUUCUUCUGGAGGGUUUUCUGGCAAUACCAAAGGUUGCUACCAGAAAGUGCAGACGAGGAAAGGGCAGGCGAAGUGUCUGAGCCAUCUAGAUCAGGGAGAGGUUUACGAGCACCGAGUUUCAAGGAACUGAUAAAAGUUGUGGAUAAGAGGGAAGCAGAGAUCAAGGAGAUACUUAAGCAGAAGAGUAGCAAGAAACUCAAAACUACCCAAAGUGCAGCUGGGACUUCACAAUCACAACAUGGCGAAAUUACUUAAACAGAUAAGAGUUCAAAAAAAUGUUUAAAUGACUAUUAACAUACUUAGAGGGUGAGUAAACUUGUCAGGAGAUUUUGUAAUAGGAAAGUUCAAGGAACCACAGACCAAAGCUAAAUUGUAAAUCUUUUUUCUGAGACGUAAUGAAAAAAUCAUCUUAUU